AUGAACAAUGUUACAACAGACAUAUCUCUGACGACUAGUAUUUUUCGUCGAUAUUUGUUAGGUGAAUCAUUGAAAAGUAUUCUUAUUCGUUUAACAGUUAUAUUAUCAGCUAUUAUUGUUGUAUGGUCCGGAAUAAUGGUUGCUUUAAUUAUACAUAUGAAAUGUCAACGAUCAAAACAAAUGAUAAAAACAUCAAUUCCACAUCAUCAUUUAUAUGACAGUAGUUCAAGUUUAGCUAGAAAACAAUCAAAUCGUUCUAAACGUAAUCGUCGUUUUAAUUCAUCAACAAUAUGCUGCUAUUCGAUUUGUCAUUUUUUAUCACAACUUAAACAACAUUGUAUUUUUUGUCCAUCAAAAUCAUUAUCAUCAACGAUUGAUAAUGAAAAUUUGAAAAAUCGAUUAUCACCAAAAACAAAACGAAAACUACGAAAAGAGUCUAUAUCAGUAAAUUCUUGUUCAAAUUCAAAUAACGUUCAAAUUAUGGUUGAAGCUAUGACUAAACGAUCAUUAAAUCGUAAUUAUAAUUUAGUUAAUAUAGGAAAAAAAAUUUCAUUAUAUCGUGAAACAGAUAGUUCAAGUGGCGAUGAAUUAAAAAAUUUUUCUACGUUUGAUAAUGAUCGAAAACCUUCGAUGGAAAUUAAUCCAAAUACGUCAAAUAUUGUUCAACUAGUAAUAGAACCAAAACAUUAUGUCCAUCGUUCAUCUCUUUCAUUGUCAAAAAUUGGAAAUAAAAAUGAUUGUGAAAAAGCAAAAGAUGUACAAAAAUUUUAUAAAUUUAAUACAAAAGUUACUCUUUCAUUUAAUCCAAUUACUCGACGUUUAUCAAAUACAACUACAAAUUCUUGUUGUCUAUUAACAAAUACAAUUUCAAAGCAACAACAACAAAUACACGAACAACCACAACGUAAAUCAUUAUUAGUGAUUUCAUCAACACGAGAAUCAAAAUUCGAAAAUGAUGGAAAACGACGUCAUUCAUUAUUAGAUGAUCCAACAACAACAGACGGAAGUAUAACAUCAAGUUCAAAACAUAUACCACUAGUAAUGAUUACUGAUACAAGUUCAUCAAAUACAAAUAUUGUCGAACUUGAAACAUUUGAAGAUAGAAAUCGUUUAGUUGGUGAUGUUGAAAGACGUUUAUCAAGAGAAUUACGAGCAACAUAUCGACCAAGACAUUCAACAUAA